AUGAGGGUCCGAAUACGGGGCCCUUCUGGCAAAUCCUCCACAGUCUCUCUCGACGACUCCGCCACAAUAGACACAUUGCAGAAAACAAUAGAGACCGAAACAUCAUUAUCCUCCUUCGAGGUCAAAUAUGGGUAUCCGCCGAAGACACUCUCACUCGACGAGCAACCAGCCUCCAAGCUUCUUUCGGAACUUGAUGUCAAAUUGAAUGGAGAGCAGCUUAUUGUCAACGAAAUCAAAUCCUCCAGCCAAACAGGUGGGCUGCAACCCACACCCAGUGACGCUGCAAAGAACGCCAUCCGGACAGCUGGACCCUCGACAGACCAUGGCAGAGUGGCUCCCCAUGUACCAGCUCCUGCUCAUUCAAGCUCGAAAACUCCGGGACACUCCGCAGCACCCCUCUCACUAUCACGGAAGAAGAACGCAGAAAUGGACGAUCCUCCAGAGAUCUGGUGUCCGGAUCUGCAAGGCACCAUGGUCUUGCGAAUAAUGCCCGAUGAUAAUUCCUGCCUCUUCAGAGCUGUCGCCAGCGCCGUUUUGUCAGACGUUGAUGCCGUGACUGAACUCCGGUCAAUCAUCGCGCAGCACAUUCAGGCAAAUCCGGAGAAAUACACCAAGGCGGUUCUUGACAACAAAGAGCCUGACGCUUACUGCCGUUGGAUCCAGACGGAAGAUGCUUGGGGCGGUCAAAUUGAGCUCGAUAUACUCAGUCAGCACUUCGACAUCGAGAUCUGCAGCAUUGAUGUGCAGAGCUUACGCGUGGACAGAUACAAUGACCAGGCGCAAAGCCGCUGUUUUAUUGUAUACUCUGGCAUACAUUACGACACAAUCGCUCUGAGCGUCCAGGGCCAACCACCAGAAUUCGACGUCAAGCAAUUCAUGCAGCCAUUGGCGGAUGAAGCGCUUCCGCAAGCCAUCGCCUUGUGUCAGAAACUGCAAGAAAAGCACUACUUCACGGAUACGGCCGGUUUUCAACUCAUGUGCAAUGACUGUGGGGUCAAAUUAACUGGCGAGGCUGGGGCCAUGAAGCAUGCGCAGGAGACGGGACAUAUGAAUUUUGGGGAGGCCUCGUGA